GUCCGCAUGUACCGCCAGGCGAAGGAGCAGUACGGCACCUGGGACAUGCUGUGCGGCAACGAGACCCAGGUGCUGAGCAACCUGGUGAUGGAGGAGCUGCUCCCCGAGCUGCGGACCACCAUCGGCACCCGGCUGAAGGGCAAAGCGCCGGAGCGCCAGCGGACCUGGAUCCAGAUCUCAGAUGCCGUCUAUCGGAUGGUCUACGAGCAGACCAAGGCCCAGUACGAUGCUGUGAUGGCCAAGUGUGAAGAGGAGCGGCCCCAGCUGGAGAGCGCCAUCCGCACGGACAUGGACCAGAUCAUCACCUCCAAGGAGCACUUGGCCAGCAAGAUCCGAGCGUUCGUCCUCCCCAAGGCAGAGGUCUGUGUCCGUAACCACGUCCAGCCCUACAUCUCCUCCAUCCUGGAGGCCCUGAUGACCCCCACCAGCCAGGGCUUUGCCGAGGUGCGGGAGGUCUUCUUCAAGGAGGUGACGGACAUGAACAUGAACAUUGUCAAUGAAGGUGGCAUGGAGAAGCUGGCGGAGUACAUGGAGAAGCUCUCCCACCUGGCCUUCCACCCCGUCAAGAUGCAGUCGUGCUAUGAGAAGAUGGACCAGCUCAAACUGGAGGGGCUGCAGCAGCGGUUCGAUGUCUCCAGCACGUCCGUCUUCAAGCAGAGGGCCCAGAUCCACAUGAGACAGCAAAUGGACGAUGCCGUGUACACCUUCGAGACGCUGCUCCACCAGGAGCUGGGCAAGCUGCAGGGCAAGGACGACCUGUGCAAAUCCAUCCAGCGCAUCCUUGAGAGGGUGCUCAAG